UAAUUUUGAAAUUAUCUACGAUUAUAGUAUCCAAUUACUUAGAAUGAGACUUAUAAUCUUUGAGCUGUAUACAUACCUACCUUUGCCCACAUGUGUAUUCCUUAACCCUCUUCACGCCGUUCGAGUACAUGGUCCUCCUCACCAUCAUAGCAAACUGCAUAGUCCUAGCGCUAGAGGAACACCUACCGGAGGGUGACAAGACGCCCUUAGCAGAACAGCUGGAUCACACAGAAAAAUAUUUCUUAGGCAUAUUCUGUUUUGAAGCUUUACUAAAAAUUGUAGCUUUAGGUUUUGUGUUACAUCGGGGUUCAUAUCUACGGAAUAUCUGGAACAUAAUGGACUUCGUUGUCAUAGUAACAGGGUUCAUAGCAAUAUAUGCUUCUAGCGAAACAUAUGACCUAAGAACUCUACGAGCCAUCAAAGUGCUGCGACCACUAAAACUAGUUUCGGGAAUACCAAGUCUUCAAGUAGUUUUAAAAUCCAUCAUCCGGGCGAUGGCACCUUUGUUACAAGUUUGUCUACUGGUGCUUUUUGCUAUUACAAUCUUCGCCAUCGUUGGAUUAGAAUUCUAUUCAGGGGCAUUUCAUAAUGCCUGCUACUUCCUCAACUCAAGAGAGAGUGAAGAUAACAUAGAUUUAGGCGAUGAGCCCGGAAUCAGGCCCUGCUCGGAUUCCAUGGCAGAGUCCAGAAAAACAAUGGGCGGAGGGUUUAGAUGUCGAAAAAAUAUAUCUUCUUGUCGCCCAUACUGGGACGGGCCAAAUCAUGGAAUAACAUCAUUUGACAAUAUAGGCUUAGCAAUGUUAACAGUAUUCCAGUGUGUCACGAUGGAAGGAUGGACAACAGUCUUGUACCUGACAAAUGAUGCCUUGGGGCCAUCAUUUAACUGGGUGUACUUCAUCCCAUUAAUAGUACUGGGUUCCUUUUUUAUGCUCAAUUUAGUUCUUGGAGUCCUCAGUGGAGAAUUUGCCAAGGAGAGAGAAAGGGUAGAAAAUCGCAGAGCUUUCUUAAAGCUACGUAGACAACAGCAGAUAGAUCGAGAAUUGAAUGGAUACUUAGAGUGGAUAUGCAAGGCAGAGGAAGUGGUUUUAAAUGAAGAAAGGACGACAGAUGAAGAAAAAAGGAAAAUUAUUCAAGCCCGCCAGCGUAAAGCGGCGUGCAAACAGCUCAAGGACAGCAAGGAUACAGAUGAGGACAAUGAUGAGGAUAACAAAGAUGACUAUUUAACAAAUUUAGGAAAUGCGUAUGGCCCGCGCAACUUUAAAAACAGGAAGUCACCAGGGAGUUGCAAUGCAUUCUGGAAGGCAGAGAAAAGAUUCAGGAUCAAAAUUCGGCACCUGGUGAAAAGUCAGGCAUUCUACUGGACAGUGAUUGUGUUGGUGUUGUUGAACACCAUAUCUGUGGCGUGCGAACAUUAUGGACAACAAGAGUGGCUAACCAGCUUCUUAUAUUUCACAGAAUUCAUUUUCCUUGGGUUGUUCAUGUUUGAAAUGUUGAUCAAAAUGUAUGGAUUGGGUGCGAGAAUUUACUUCACUUCGUCAUUCAACAUCUUUGACUGUGUGGUAAUCGUUGGCAGCAUAUUUGAAGUGAUCUGGUCAGAGAUUAAGCCAGGUGCUUCAUUUGGUAUCAGUGUUCUAAGAGCUUUACGAUUGCUCAGGAUUUUCAAAGUCACCAGAUACUGGUCAUCUCUAAGGAACCUUGUGAUAUCGUUGCUAAGCAGUAUGCGUUCCAUCGUCAGUUUGUUGUUCCUUCUCUUCCUAUUCAUCCUUAUAUUCGCACUUCUCGGGAUGCAACUUUUUGGAGGAGAAAUGAAUUUUGAAGAAGGCCGCCCACCGGCUCAUUUUGACACCUUCCCAAUUGCUCUUUUGACAGUAUUCCAGAUUCUCACUGGAGAAGACUGGAAUGAAGUCAUGUACACAGGCAUCCGCUCGCACGGUGGGAUUAAGGACCUAGGCAUGCUCUACUCUAGCUAUUUUAUUGUUUUGGUGCUCUUUGGAAAUUACACACUGCUGAAUGUAUUCUUGGCCAUUGCUGUGGACAACUUGGCAAAUGCGCAAGAGCUUACAGCUGCGGAAGAGGAACAGGAAGAGGCUCGACAAGAAACAAAAAGAGAAGUUACUCGAGAAAUUGAAGAAAGGUUCAUGGUUGACGCAUCACCGCGUCAACGCGAAGAAAUGGAGAAAGAAUUGGCUGACCAGUUUGGCGUGGAUCCCCCACAAGUGAAUAUCUGCCCUCCGUCCCCGCAGAAUACUGAGGACCUGAAAACUCCACCAUCCUUUAUGUAUAGCUCGGUUGGGAAGACCAAUUUGAACCAGAACAGCGUCAGAGAUCAAGACAAGCAGCUGGUGGUGAAGGGAACACUACCACGACAGGGCUUGGAUAAUAUCAGUCUAACAGACUCUAACAAGACAGAACAGAAAGCUGGCUCAGCAGACAGUAGUACAGAGCUCAAACAAUCCUCCAAUCAGGGAGACAGUGCCUUUGGUGGACCUAAACCCAUGCUACCUUACAGUUCUAUGUUCAUCUUUGGCCCCACCAAUCUCAUUCGUCGUUUCUGUCACUUUGUGGUCAAUCUGCGUUAUUUUGACCUCUUCAUCAUGAUCGUGAUCUGCGCCAGCAGUAUUGCCCUUGCUGCUGAGGACCCUGUCAAUGAAUUAUCCUUCAAAAAUCAAGUCCUGAACUAUUUUGACUACGUCUUUACUGGUGUUUUUACGGUAGAAAUGAUACUAAAGGUCAUAGAUUUAGGAGUUAUCCUUCACAAAGGUGCUUACUGCCGUGAUCCGUGGAACAUUCUUGACGCGACUGUCGUGAUCUGUGCCUGCGUCGCAUUUGGAGUGACUGACUCUGCUGGCAAGAAUCUGAAUACAAUAAAAUCUCUUCGUGUUCUACGAGUGUUGAGACCUUUGAAGACCAUCAACCGAGUUCCCAAACUGAAGGCCGUCUUUGACUGUGUCGUCAACUCCCUGAAGAAUGUCUCCAACAUUCUGAUCGUGUACGGGCUGUUCCAGUUCAUCUUUGCCGUCAUUGCUGUGCAACUGUUCAAAGGAAUGUUCUUCUAUUGUACGGACGAAUCCAAAACUACCAAAGACGAAUGCCAGGGGCAGUUCUUUCAGUAUCAAGGGGAGGAUACUCCUCAAGUGCAUGACAGGCAGUGGCUGAGACAAGACUUUCAUUAUGAUGAUGUUAUGUACGCCAUGCUCACACUGUUCACCGUGACAACAGGAGAGGGCUGGCCGGCAGUCCUGAAGCACUCCAUGGACUCAACGGACACGGACGUGGGACCUUCUCCUGGGUCACGAAUGGAAAUGUCUCUUUUCUACGUGGUCUUCUUCAUUGUCUUUCCAUUUUUCUUUGUCAACAUUUUUGUGGCCUUAAUCAUCAUUACUUUCCAAGAGCAAGGCGAGAAUGAGCUGAUUGAUCAAGAUCUGGAUAAAAACCAGAAACAAUGCAUAGAUUUCUCCAUCAACACCAAACCCAUCUGCCGCUACAUGCCCAAAAACAAAAAUUCCAUAAAGUACAAGAUUUGGAGGCUGGUUGUCUCGACCUGGUUUGACUACCUGGUUAUGGCCCUAAUUGCAUUGAACACAGUAGUCCUUAUGAUGAGGUAUUACGGUUCAAGCAAGGAGUACAAGACCACGCUUCGGUAUCUUAAUCUAUCAUUUUCCUGCCUUUUUGGCAUUGAGUGCCUUCUGAAGAUACUGGGGGGUGGAUUAAGGAACUAUUUCCGUGAUGGAUGGAAUAUUUUUGAUUUUAUCACUGUUCUGGGAAGUGCUAUAGAUGUCGUCUUGAGUGAAAUUCAGAACUCCCAGUUUAAUUUGAGUUUCUUCAGACUGUUUCGAGCAGCCAGAUUGGUCAAGCUGCUUCGCCAGGGAUAUACCAUCAGACUUCUGUUAUGGACUUUCUUACAGUCAUUUAAGGCUUUACCAUAUGUGUGCCUGCUUAUUGUGAUGCUCUUCUUCAUAUCAGCAAUUAUCGGAAUGCAGGUGUUUGGAAAUAUCAAACUGGAUUCCCAAACAGAGAUAAAUCGUCAUAAUAACUUCAGUACUUUUAUACAAGCAUUGUUGUUACUAUUUCGGUGUGCAACAGGUGAGAGUUGGCAGUUAAUUAUGCAGUCGUGUCUUUACGGAGCACCAUGUGACCCGCAGUCAGGCACAUCUGAAAGGACGUGUGGCAAUGACAUCGCCUACAUCUAUUUUGUUACAUUCAUCUUUCUCUGCUCAUUCCUUAUGUUAAACCUGUUUGUAGCUGUGAUAAUGGAUAACUUUGAUUACCUGACCCGAGACUCCUCCAUCCUGGGUCCUCAUCACCUGGAUGAGUACAGCAGGGUCUGGGCAGAGUAUGAUCCUGGGGCAACAGGAAGAAUACAUUAUACAGACAUGUAUGAGAUGUUGAAGAAGAUGGAGCCACCAGUCGGCUUUGGCAAGAAAUGUCCUUACAGAUUGGCGUAUAGAAAGCUAAUUAGGAUGAACAUGCCUGUAGCGGAGGAUGGAACUGUGCAGUUCACAACAACCCUUUUUGCUUUAAUUCGUGAAUCUUUGCUCAUCAAGAUGGAUGUUGCUGAGAAUAUGGAUAAAAAAGAUGAAGAAAUGAAAGAUGUUAUACGCAAAAUGUGGCCGGUGCAGUCGAAGAAAAUGUUAGACCUACUUGUCCCACCCAAAGAAGAAAUCAGUGAGCUGAAAUUGACUGUGGGUAAAAUCUAUGCUGGAUUACUGAUUGUGGAAAAUUGGAAAGCGUUCAAGUCGAGUCUGACUCAAACCAACAUGAUGAAGCUGUCCCAAGUCACAGAUGAGCGACCUCCGUCCUUAUUUCGCCGUCUGAUGGGAGUGAUGAGGACUUCUUCAGCUCGUUCGAGUCAGUCUCUGGAUUCUGAACAUUCAGACACAGAAGGUGGCACAGAAGGUGGACACAGCAUUGACAAAGGCCAUGAUAAGACAUGGUCCCAAAGAUCCUUCAGCUUCUUAAGACGAGGCAGCAGUAAACGAAGGAAAGGUUUGAACGGCCAGCAGGGAGAUACAGCCAGCAUGCAGGGUCGUAGGGGAGACAGGUUUGUCUAUGUAAAUUCCUCAUUCUCCCAUGAUGAGGAAGAUGAACGAAAAACAGAGAAGUCUCUGGACAGACAGGACUUUUCACACGGUUUGAGGCCAGAACAUGCCACAAUGUCCUCAACCCACAGCCCAGAGUUGGAGACAGGGAUGGGAAUGGUUUCCAUUUUGCCCUCGGUAUCGAGAAGUCCUUCACAGGUCCGGGCUUCCCCUCACUCUCCACGAUCCCCACCCCACAGCCCUGUGUCUUCGCGAAAUGUCUCACCCUUCCCAGCCCCCAGAUCGCCCUCCCCAAGGAGGGACGUGGGCUUCUCGUCGGCUGUGGCCAAUAUUGUGGAGCAGGCACACAGUAUUGCUGAUCAAGAACGAAGGAAACAUAAAGCAGCAAGACCAGGAGAGGAUGUACUGAGUGUGCCCUCUUCACCUCAGCUGCGAGGUCGUUCCAAAACUCGGGGACGGCCACCUCUGCAAUCUCAACCGCCUAUCAUAAGUUCCCCUAGCCCCUCCCCCUACAGGAACCCACGGGAUGCUCCAUUGUACAGGUCUACAUCACUGGAAACUCGAUCACGAAGUCCGUCACCAAAUCCUCCUACUCCAACGUCUCAGCAAGAGUACUACGGUUCUGCCAACUUGACGGACCGCUCCCGCAGCCCAAGCCCAAUCCAGUCACCACCUCGUAAAGGUGGUCGUAGAUUGCCGCAGGUGCCUCCCCCUGCCAUGAAGCCGGCCAGUUUAAACCUGCAUCCGCGUCAAAGCAGAGAGAACAUGCCACGUGUAAUGCCUUCCCCAAGUGUUCCACAGGCCCCGCGAAGCCCUGGCAACAUCAACUUUCCCAAGCUGAAUGCCUCACCUACUCAUAUGCCCAGACUGAACAUCCCCCCGGUGGAGUCUUCCCCUGUCCCAGGCCGAAUGGGCAAACCAGAACCCUAUAGCCCCACCGAAAAGAAUAAUUUAAACAAAAUCAGUCCUGAGAAGUCCCCGUCAAAGCAUCGAGACAGGGAACACAAACGGGACCGAGACCGAACGCGAGACAGGUCUCGUACCAGGGCUGAACAUAGCCCUCGAAGCAGGUCUUCAGACAGUAGGCAAAACGACAGAAGUCGAUUAAUUUCUAGUCAGUUUAGUGACUCUGUAGAAGGACCAGAGCUAAGCCGGGGAGUUGGCUUGGCGCCUAGGACAUCUCCCACAGUGCCCAACGGGUACAAACCCAAGGGACAUAAACCUGAAAAAUUAGAAAUGAGAACUGAUAGCACUGCUCCACUUCAUCAUAGUGACUCUGAGGAUGAUGAUGAUUGGUGUUAAGAUGUCGAUCGUGGUUUUCUUGUUUUUGAUGGUUAUGUACAGCGUUCCUUUGGGGGAAUGAUAGGUGUUCGGUCCAAAUCAAAAUGCAGAUGUCAUCAGAAAAAACCUUGCAAGGUUUGUGAAGAGUCUGUUGAUAAUUAGACAAGUCUUCGGUGUUCUGUUGGAUUUUGGUAAGGAACAGCCAAAGCAUGUAUAAAAGACCCUUUGGCUGAGGAUGGUUAUUGGUCAGAUGAUAUCGAAGGUGCAGAGACGUAGUCUCUAAGGUGCUAAGUGUAUGGACUCAUGUUCUGAUGCUGGGGUGGAGAAGAUCAGCUCACUCAUGCUGAGCUUGGAAUCGACUCAAAGGAUUGCGAAUCAGAACCUGUGUGGUAUAUAGCCUGAAACCAAAGGUGAAUGCCGUCUUGAAGAGAGAAGAUCAAACUUAAAAUUAACCAUCAGGUAAUCAGACUGUCGCGAGGGUGUUCCACCCUGCUAAGACAGACAACAAUUGGGACCAUCGGUGCAGACGUGUGCAAGUCAUGAUUGCCACGCCAAAAAGUCACCAAGGAUUGUUUAGUGUUGAGUAAAACUUUAAUGUUUCCUAAUUGGAAAGCAAAGUUACGAUCACCUAAACUGUGUAAUGUAGCUACACAGAAAGCACAGCUUCCUUCUUCCUGUUUACUCUUGUGAUAGGGGCUGGGAAGCCUGAAGCAUGUGUUGGAAGAAUGCUUUUGUCAGAAGAUUGUGUUGGAAACCUACAUCGGGACCACAUGUGUUCAGCAUCAAGCCCCAUACAGACCGUUGUCAGUGAGAAUAUUUCUUGAUUGACCCUUAGCUACUAGCUUUGCAGUCAUUGACUCCCUAAUCGGUUGGACCUUUUGCAGUAGGACUUUUUGUGUAUGUGGGACCAGAAAUCUACGUUUGAAGACGCUAGUUUUUACUUGUGAAGAAUCCUUCUGAUUUUGCUAGGAUGACGUCAUGGACUAGAGAUAUUGUAGAUAUUAGUAUGACCAUUCCAUGCACAGGCGUUCAGUCUACAUUUCUAGAAAGCGGUUCAUAUGUCGUGUUCCAAAAACCACUUGUUUAUAACUACUGAUAGAAAGAAAAUUGAGGAAAUUAUUCUCCCAGCCACAAACCUAACAUGUUAAAAACCAAUGUGUAAAUGCUAUAUACACUGGAUGCCUCUUCUGCUUUGCAAAAAUCAUGUUUUUAGAAUAUACUGAUUUGUAAAAUAGCUGAAAAUACUUUUUAUGUUCGUUUCAGAGGCUUUCAAUUUGCAUGGAUUUAAUGCUUUGCACGUCUUUGAAAAAAAUCUGCCACUUGGACUGUGAUAUUUUUCUCCGUUUUUUUUUUUUUCGUUCUUACUUCUGUUGAUAUUGAUAAAUCCUUUCUUAAUCUGUAUUCUCUUCAACUGUGCAUUCUGUGUAGAAAUGGACAUGGUGUGAGACCUCUUCGCCAUGUAUUUUGCCUAUUUUGUGCCAAACGAUUGCAUAGCAAGUGUGAAACACUUUAUGAAUCCGCAGUCUCAUUGUAAAGUGCUUGAAUUCACUAAGUCGGGGGCCUAUCUGUUGUCUACACCAUUACCAUUGUUCUUCAGAUAGUGUAGAUAAAGCUGUUGUGCUCUUUAACUAUGAAGGGUGUAGUUUGGAAUGGAUCUAACCGAAUGAUGAAUAUUUGGAUAUUGUUGAUUAUGAGUUGUGCAAAGAUGUAUAUGUAUGACCCUUUAUAAAACUGGUUGUAUUUAAGAAAAGGUGUGCCCAACUGCUUAGCAAACUAUUAAAAGCUGAUAGGCUCCACCUUUUUUAUGAAGGCACCUCUGUAGUGUACUGUUAAAUAUGAAAACCUUUAUCCUUGAACCCUUUAUCUUCUCUUUCUGAUCUGAAGAAUCAAAAUGUCUAACAAGUGUAAUAUUGACUUUGUUAAUUUUUGUUGUUCGUUGCAAAUAGUCUCUGAAGGAUUUUCUUCAGAAUGAAGAUAAGGUUUGUGUAUAUAGUGUUAUAACCACUUUCUUACCUCAGUGUUUCAGAGAUCUCUAAUGAGGGUAGAUAACUGGUGUCAGUCGCGCUGGACGCAUGUCUGAUGAUGUUUUUUUUUAUUUGCAUUUGUUGUGAUCCUUGUUUAAGUUUAUUUCAACUACACACAAAGUAUUAUAGCCAUUGUUGUAUCUGUUGUUAUUGUUGUUCACAGUACUGAUUUUUGUUGUGAAUUGAGUUAAGAAAUAAUCUCUAACAUUUUACUAUUGGUCGAAGCAUCAUAACUUGAAAUGUUUGAGCACCGUAUCCAAUUUUCCAGCUGUUCUGUCUGAUCGGUUCCUGGAAAGAGAAUACGACCGAAAACGUGUUUUCUAAUCACAUCUAUCGGUACGCAUGCGUAUAUGUGUACAUACAUAUACAUCUCCGUGGUCGCUAUUUGAGGCAUUGUGAAUGCAAUCUAUUGCGAAAUCAGUUUUAUCAACAGGAAUUUCAUAGGGUAUCAGAUUAUAAUAAUAAUGCACUGAUGGUUGACGUAAUGAAUUGUCAGCGGGCUAAUGUCAUGGCGAUCUUGACAGUUGUCUGUGUAACCCCGCUGAAGUGUCCGUUCUACCACCUGUCAGCCUCCACCAUUGUCACACUGUCUCUACUGUUGGUUUGUCGAUCGCUUUCGGCGGAUGCCUGAAAGUGAGACACGCAGUGAUGAGUCGUCCUCUACCAGAUAUUCGCAGGGGACACGAACGAACACCCAUGUAUAGUCUAUAGCAGACAAUAAACGAUGAAUCCCGAAAAGUAAUCGUGGAGACCUUACGGUAUCGUUUUGACAGGAGUUGUAGCAUUUACAAGGAGUCAUUUUUGCCUGAACAUUUUCUUUGAGGCUUACAAUUAUUACGUACGGACUUGAAGUAAAAAUGGGAUUAAUAUAUCACGUGAGAUUUGCUGCUCACGUAACGUAACGGGAGCUAUCGUUAAUGUAUUCUGAAGGAUGGAUAGUUAAUGCAUCCUGUCGGAGUCACUGUUAAUUUAUCCUAUGCAAUUUGUUCCAUUGGACUGUCAUGCAUAUUGUGAGUGAAGUUUUUCAGUACGGUUGAGCGACGUUGGACCCUGUGUAAAUAUAACUAAAAUAAAUAUUUAUUGAAUCGGGCGCGUGCGUGUCUAAGUGUACAUAGUCAAGAUAAAAAAAAAUAUAUUUAUGGUGUGUUACGGCGUCAAAUAUUCCCAACGCUCAUUCCAUCGCUUUUGACUAAAGCAAAGCGAACCCGACAAAUGCUAUAUCGUUGGACGUUUAUCAUACUUGUUUUUGUAUUUUGUUGUUUUUUUUUUACUCACGAGAUGCACAUUGUGUUUUUUCGUGCAGUGUUACAUCAACCUCACCGCCUUGUUACUUUACUCACGUGACUUGUGUGCUAAGUUCCAUCUGUAGACGUAUGUAUCCGUUGUCAGUCACCUCUGAUAUUUCCCGUAUGGUGCAAGAUUAGUGAGCAAGCAAGCGCGAAAUUAGCGGGAGGAUUACAUAACCAGAAAGGCAUCGACAGUAAGGAAAAGAAAACGAUGAAAUGCCUCUUAGAUCCACAACGCUCUACUUGACCUCCCCUCCCCUCUUCCAAACCACCUCUCAAACCCAGGCAAACGAGAUGACAUGUGCUUAGGGCAUUCGACAUUGUUUCUCGCUUUUCGUAUACAAAGCCUUCUAGACAGAAGAAAGGCAUAGAUUUUUGAAGAUACUUCCAGACUAUCAAUCUGGUUUUGCUCAAACCAUUCUCUGUGUUACAUGUACUAUUCAUUCAAGCACAGCCCUUCUGUGAAGUGCCGUGCAACGCGCAGGUUUACAAAACACAGCCUCACAUCCGUAUAUUAGUCAUUUUAACUCAAUCUGCUUUUUGGGGCGUGUAAAUGUGUUAUUAUUCAAUCAUCGACCACCCAAAGAAAGAGGCAUUUUACUUUCUACACCCAUUUUCCAAUUUUAUCCCUUUAAGUAGGUAAAGAAAAAUUAUUCUGCAAAUAGUUCCAACUUCCAAAGUUUUUCUCUCUACAUAUGAUAUUCCCUUAGCUUAUUGUAUGCACACUUACCAGUUCCACGGUCUCGCACGGAACACACAAACUUCUUUGUUGUUCUUGAUAUAACUCGACAUAUCUAUGUUUGAAUGGUGUACAAUUUGAAUGAAGUUACACAAAAAUGAAAAUGUUUCACUCCUGGGCAAAUAUCUAUAGUGCAGAUCCUGGGCACAAUAUUACUAUUAUAACAAUUCUUAUUAUUAUGAUUAUUAUUAUUAUUAUCUCUGUCAUUCUAUGUUCAGGGCCUGAUCACGUGUUAACAAUCUC